UUUCUGUGGCCUCAUGCCGUUCAUCACAGCCAUGUAACCACGUGUCACUGUAUGAUUGCCACCACAGAAUUCUCCAUCAGGGUGGAUACACAAAAGAAGAACAAUUGGAGUUCAAGUCCAUCAUCUUCGGCAACAUACUGCAGUCUGCCAUGGCCAUCAUCCAGGGCAUGUGCCAGCUGGGCAUCGACUACGGGACUCCGGCCGCAGCGGAGGAUGGUCAGAAGCUACAGAACCUUUCAGACUCGAUUGAAGAGGGCACCAUGCCUACAGAACUUUCCGACGUUAUAAAGCGGCUCUGGAAGGACAGUGGGGUGCAGGCCGCUUUCGAGAGGGCCGCUGAGUAUCAGCUAAAUGAUUCUGCUUCCUACUACCUGAAUGACCUGGACCGGAUUACCCAGCAAGACUAUAUGCCUACUGAACAGGACGUCCUACGAUCUCGAGUGAAGACCACUGGCAUCAUCGAGGAGCAGUUCUCCUGCAAGGAGCUGCACUUCAGGAUGUUUGAUGUGGGUGGCCAGCGGUCAGAGCGUAAGAAAUGGAUCCACUGCUUCGAGGGAGUGACUUGUAUUAUCUUCUGUGCGGCCCUCAGUGCCUACGACAUGGUCCUGGUGGAAGAUGAUGAAGUGAACCGCAUGCACGAGAGCCUCCACCUCUUCAACAGCAUCUGCAACCACAGGUUUUUUGCUACCACUUCCAUCGUGCUGUUCCUUAACAAGAAGGAUCUCUUUCAAGACAAGAUCAAGAAGGUCCACCUCAGCAUCUGCUUCCCCGAUUAUAACGGUCCCAACACGUACGAUGAUGCCAGCAACUACAUUAAGCUUCAGUUCCAGGACCUGAACAUGAAGAAGGGAAUUAAGGAGAUCUAUGCCCACAUGACCUGUGCCACAGAUACGGAGAACGUCCAGAUUGUGUUCAAUGCCGUCACAGACAUCAUCAUCAAGGAAAAUCUUAAAGACUGUGGUCUGUUCUGAGCUAGAACAAGAAGACGUCCCUAGGUCCCCUUUCUAUCCUGAUCAGACUGGCUUUACUUCAGAGUACUGUGAUGUAACACUGGGACAGACGACCAACCCCUGAUGAUGAUGUCACUUCCUCCCCAGAGACUCCACCUCUGAACAGCAGUCUUCCUCCAUCAGACACAAUAAGAAAUGCAGUCAUGCACCUUCCAGGGGUAAAUGUAGCAUAUAAUGAAUGAACAAGAACAUUCAUCUAUGAGGACAGUAUAAAAAUUCUCAAGAGACUCGCUUGACCAAUGAACUUAGCCUCUUAACUCUGAGCAGUAAGUCAUCCGUGUUGGCUGUUAGUAGCCUACUGAGAGAGCAGGUAAAAUCUUGGUUUAGAGAAGCAACAAACAUCCUCAGCCCUCUUCUUGUGGAAAACCAAACUGGACAACAUAGCAGUAUUAAAGAAAAAGGUUUUGAAUAACUGCCUAACUUUUGCCCCAAUAAUGUUCAGUUUCUCUAAGACUACAAACAAAUUUAAUGCAAAUAGUUGAAAAACAUUCAAUUUCAACGUGUAACAUUCCCCAGAAGAAAACACUGUAUGUAGGAUGUAUUUUGUAAAUAAAAUAGGUAUAUUCUCUAUAUUACUAAGAAAAUAUACUUAAAUGUAAAAUAUUAGACAUACAGCUUUGGUAAAAAAUUAAUGUGGAAUGAACUCCUGCUUGUCCUGAAUUGUAUAUCUUAGUGGUAUAAAAUAAAGACGCAUUAAUUGCAUCGCAUGUCCCAGGUCAUUAUCACCCUUUCAUAAUGUACAUAUAUAUGCAUGCUAACUGCAGAAACACAUCCUUGCUUUGUGAUUCAUAAUGUCUUAUAGUCUAAAUUAUAAAGGAUCUAUAUAGCAGUGGUCUCCAACCUUUCUGACAGCACUGCAUAUACUGAACACUGCGGUAUCUCCCGUGGCCUCCUCCAGACUUGUCUGAAAGGCUUAUUUUUUAUAUUUUUAUCAAAAAUGCAUAAUACACAAAAAGGGCAAAGCCAUUUACGAA